UUCUUUACGCCAUCAUGCGUAAUGAAGUAGAGUUAGAAAAUAAGAGUUGGAAAAUACAAAACAUAUUAAGUGAUGAAGAAAAGAACGUCUUGUAAGCACUUGAUAAAAAUAGCAGGAAAAUUGUUACGUAUUACCAACUCCAACACAUUAUUAGUAUCUCUUUCCAUCUUCUUCUAAACUUGAAAAAGCCAUCUUAAUUCUCAUCUCAUCUUCCUAAAAAGCACUGCUUGUUUUUAACACUUGAAUAACCAUGGACGAGCAAGAGAUUCUUGGGAAAAAAACAGUAGAAGAAGCUUACGAUUUCAUCAAUAUUCUUCCAAAACCAGAAAAUGACUCAAAAUCAAAUACUCUUUACAAAGACAUUCCUCUUAACUCCACAAACAACACCUUCAUACGCCUUUUCAGGCCAACGAAUCCACCCGAAAACACUAACCUCCCACUCAUCAUAUACUUCCAUGGAGGUGGCUUCAUACUCUUUAGUGUAACUUCUGUUAUCUUCCAUGAAUAUUGUAGCUCCAUGGCAGCUCAAGUUCCUGCUUUGAUUGCCGCCGUGGAGUAUCGGCUCGCUCCCCAACACCGCCUCCCAGCCGCCUAUGAAGAUGCCGUUGAUGCUAUCAAGUGGGCUAAAGAUCAAGCUAUUGGCGAUAUUAACUGUGAUCCAUGGUUGAAAGAGCUUGUUGACUUCUCCAAAGUGUUCUUGAUGGGCAGUAGUUCAGGAGGAAACAUAGUGUACCAUGCAGGUCUACAUGCAGUUGAUAUGGAUGUUGAGCCAAUGAAGAUAGAAGGUUUGAUAAUUGAUCAAGCAUACUUUGGUGGGGUCCAGAGAACAGAAUCUGAGACUAACUUAAUCAAUGAUAAGGUUGUACCACUGCAUAUGGGCGAUUUGAUGUGGUCGUUAGCAUUGCCAAAGGGUGUUGACAGAGAUCAUGAGUAUUGCAACCCGUCGAUCGCACGGUCUGAAUUGCACGAAAAGAUUGGACGGUUACCAAGGUGUUUAAUCAGAGGGUAUGAAGGAGAUCCACUAGUAGAUAGGGGAAAACAACUAGCAAAUAUGUUGGAGUCACGUGGAGUGCACGUGGUGCGGGAAUUUCUUGAAAUAGGGUACCAUGUUGUUGAGCUAUUUGAUUCUCAGAUUGCCCGAGCUUUGUAUGAUUUGAUUAAGAAUUUUAGCACUGCCACCUGCUAGAACUUAUGUUAGUUUUAUUUCAUGUUAGAUAGAUAAUAAUUCCUCUUGGUUUUUCUUUGGGUAUCGAUUCUUUUUCAAGGGAUGAAAGCUUGAACUGAGUACUUUUUUCUUUCUAGAAUAGUUGGGAUACAGUUAACGUAGAAAGUGUUUAGUACGAAUCCUAAAUAUAUUUUGUGGCUUAUUUGAUACCAAAAGAGUUAGGCCUAGACAAGAGGAUUAUACAACCUUCCCUGUGAGUUUUAAAAAUCUAGUGCGUUUUGGAAAAAAAUGAAUAGUCUGUUUUGUGA